GCAGAACAGGAGGCAGUACAUCGCCUGCUUGCUGGGCAAGGUUCGACUGGCACUCCUACAGUCUGACUACUUCAUGAACAAUGUCAAAGCUCACGAGUAUGUGAAGGACAAUGCUGACUGCAAAGAUCUCAUCAUCAGUGCCCUGUCAGAAAUCUACGACCUGAACUCAUACGGCCAGAGCUCCUCGGCCGACGCCAACCCAUUCACCCGGCCGCGCCUGCCCUACGCCAUCCUCUUUGCCAUCGAGGGCUGGAGCGAGGACGGCACCGCCAGCGCCAUCGAGACCUACGACGGCCGCACCGACAAGUGGCUGAACAUCCCGUGGGAGCAAGAGAGCCCUGUUGCCUACCACGGCUCAGUGUAGGCUCGGUUUGAAAGGCCACGUCUAUGUCAUCGGAGGAUUUGAUGGCACGGAUUAUUUCAACAUUGUGAAGCGGUUCGACCCACUCCAGAAGACGUGGCAGCAGGUGGCACCCGUGCACUCGCAGCGCUGCUACGUCAGCAUCACCGUCGUGGACAACUUCAUCUACGCCAUGGGAGGGUUUGACGGGUACAUACAGCUCAACACAGCGGAGCGUUACGACCCAGACACCAACCAGUGGACCCUGAUCACCCCCAAGCACGAGCGGAGGAGUGAC